GUCAACUAUAUUGCUGUCUAAGGCAACCAAAUCUUCAGUGGAAAUCCUUUGAAUGAAGAUACCAAAUUAAUCGAUUCAAAAUGGGAACAACAAGUGAUGAGAUGGUGUCUGUGGAUCAGACCUCUUCAUCCUCUUCUUCCUUCAAUCCUUUGUGUUUUGAAUGUGGGCAACAACACUGGACAAAAGAAAAUCACUUAUACAACUAUCAGAAUGAAGUGGAUGAUGACCUGGUUUGCCAUAUUUGCCUUCAGCCUCUGCUGCAGCCACUUGAUACUCCCUGUGGACACACAUUCUGUUGCAAGUGCCUCCGAAACUUCUUACAAGAAAAAGAUUUCUGUCCUCUGGACAGGAAAAGACUUCACUUUAAGUUGUGUAAGAAGUCUAGUAUUCUAGUGCAUAAACUCCUGGACAAAUUACUUGUAUUAUGUCCAUUUUCUUCUGUUUGCCAAGAUGUCAUGCAACGCUGUGAUCUGGAAGCCCAUCUAAAAAAUAGAUGUCCUGGAGCUUCUAAUCGAAGAGCUGCCCUAGAGAGAAGGAAAACUAGUAAAACUCAGACAGAGCUUGAAACUGAAAAUGGGCCUACGCUGAUAGAUAUUCCAGCCACAUUAGCACCUGAAUCGGACUGUUUGGGGCCUGGCACAGUGCCUGCUGAAGGGACCUUGACCACAGCAUCUCUUCCCUCCUGGACUGAGGAGCCUGGCCUAGACAACCCUGCCUUCGAGGAGAGUGCAGCAGCUGACACCACACCACAGCCACUUUCUUUACCAGAAGGUGAAAUCACCACAAUUGAAAUUCACCGGUCUAAUCCUUAUAUUCAGUUAGGAAUAAGCAUUGUGGGUGGUAAUGAAACACCACUGAUUAACAUUGUUAUCCAGGAAGUCUAUCGGGAUGGGAUAAUUGCCAGAGAUGGAAGACUCCUUGCUGGAGACCAGAUUCUUCAGGUCAACAACUAUAAUAUCAGCAAUGUAUCUCAUAAUUAUGCCAGAGCUGUUCUUUCUCAGCCCUGUAGCACAUUGCAUCUUACAGUGCUUCGAGAGAGACGCUUUGGCAACCGGGCUUACAACCAUUCGGACAGUAACGCUCCUCGAGAAGACAUUUUCCAAGUGAUUCUUCAUAAACGGGAUCCUGGUGAACAGCUGGGCAUUAAACUUGUACGAAGGACAGAUGAGCCAGGCGUCUUUAUUCUUGACCUGUUGGAAGGUGGGCUGGCAGCUCAGGAUGGAAGGCUCAGCAGCAAUGACCGAGUGCUUGCCAUCAAUGGGCAUGACUUGAAGCAUGGCACUCCCGAACUUGCUGCCCAGAUUAUUCAGGCUAGUGGAGAAAGAGUGAAUUUAACAAUUGCUCGACCAGGGAAAUCCCAGCCUGGUAAUAGUAAUAGUAACCGAGAAGCAGGAGCACUGAGCAGCAGCCAGCAGCAACACACACAGCCAAUGUAUCCCAGCAGACCCAGCUCACAUAAGGAUCUUACCCAGUGUGUAACAUGCCUAGAAAAACACAUCACCAUCAAAAAGGAACCACAUGAGUCCCUUGGAAUGACUGUAGCUGGUGGCAGAGGAAGUAAAAGUGGUGAACUGCCCAUCUUUGUGACCAGUGUACCGCCUCAUGGCUGCCUUGCUCGUGAUGGCAGAAUCAAAAGAGGCGAUGUGUUGCUGAAUAUCAAUGGCAUUGAUCUGACCAACUUAAGCCACAGUGAGUCUGUUGCUAUGCUGAAAGCGAGCACUGCAUCCCCCACUGUGGCCCUGAAAGCCCUGGAGGUCCAGAUUGUGGAGGAGGCAACCCAGGCCACAGAAGAACAGCCAAGUGCUCUGAGUGAGAACGAGUAUGAUGCCAGCUGGUCCCCGUCGUGGGUCAUGUGGCUAGGGCUUCCAAGUGCUCUGCAUAGCUGCCAUGAUAUAGUUUUACGAAGAAGCUACUUAGGGAGUUGGGGCUUCAGUAUUGUUGGUGGCUAUGAAGAGAACCACACCAAUCAGCCUUUCUUCAUUAAAACCAUUGUCUUGGGAACUCCUGCUUAUUAUGAUGGACGAUUAAAGUGUGGUGAUAUGAUUGUAGCUGUAAAUGGCAUAUCAACUGUAGGUAUGAGCCAUUCUGCAUUGGUUCCUAUGUUGAAGGAGCAGAGGAACAAAGUCACUCUCACAGUUAUUUGCUGGCCAGGAAGCCUUGUGUGAAGUUUUUAAAACUUAAAAUUGGAUUGUGUCUUCCCUUUUUCGAUGUUUUGGAAAGAAAGCCCCAUAAUUUGAUUGUGUUUCUGGUAGUCAGGAGCUACUGACAUAACUGGUACACAUAUGCAGGACCAAAAGCUACUCUGAUUGUACUUUUGUUUUUAUUUCAAUGAUUUCCCUCAAGUUGGCCACAUUUCUUUCAACUUGUAUCAGUUCAACUUGAAUCUCCCACUAACUCUGAGUUUAUACUCUCAGAGUCUGGGCUCCCAUUUUGUCCAAGUGUGGCCUGUGAUCAUGAGUGAACCUGCAUGAACUAUGACCAACUAGCUAGCUGAUUAGCAGACUUCUGGUGGCUCUUUAUUUUCAAUCGAAUGAGUUACACAUGCACCAAGACUGGUGUCCAUGAAGCCUGUAGCAAGAUGCCACUGUGGCAUCUAGUACUGUGCCUGAGUACAUUUUCAUUUUGGAUGAAAACCCCUUUACCCAUAUUUUUUUGGUGCCAACAUUUCAAAAUUUCAUACUGUUUAUAAGGUGGUUUUAUUCUGGCUUAUUUCGUUUCUAUUUUAAUCCCUCAGUACUCAUGGCUGAUGAGACAUAAGUCUGCCAUCACUAAAGAGGUUUUAAAAAAUAAUUUGCCAUUAUUAGGAUAGUAGAGAAUAAAAGAUAAUGUUACCCAAUGACAAAGAAAUUUGGAGAAUAAUUAUAGUUUAGUGCUGGAGAUGGUAAAAGCUGUACUUACUUGAAUAGUCCAAAAAGCAUUAAAGAUUCAUUUCCAAAGGAAUGUUUUAUUAUGUAGGAAGAGUUUUGAAGCAAUUUUUUCUAAAAAUGAUAUUCUAGAUUUUGUACUAUACUUAUCAACAGUCUUGGCUGGAAAUGUUCUUGUGAUUUAUGCAAUUAAACUAGAUGAUAAAGCUAAAACGUAUUGCUAUUAAAUAUACACUCAAUAUCACAUUUUAGUAGGUAAAGGUAGACUUUUUAAAUUUUAUUCUGAGCAAGUCUUAAUGUCUCAGAAAUUUACUUUUUCCUAUUCUUAUAAACAUAGUUAUAUAUAUAAAAAAAAAAGACUGUGGGAUGAGUUGGGCUCUUGCCACACGAGUAACUGACAAAAGUUUGAUUCCCGUGGCCCAGUAUAGUCCCCAGCACUUACCAGGAGUGAUUCCUGAGUGCAGAGCCAGGAGUAAAUGCUGAGCACUGCCAGGUGUGACACAAAAACAGAAAUGAAAAGCUGGGGCUGGAGAGAGAGCAUGGAGGUAGGGGGUUUGCCUUGCAUGCAAAAGGACAAUGGUUCGAAUCCCGGCAUCCCAUAUGGUCCCCCAAGCCUGCCAGGAGUGAUUUCUGAGCAUAGAACCAGGAGUAACCCCUGAGCGCUGCCAGGUGUGGCCAAAAACAAACAAACAAGCAAAAACAGAAAAGCUAAUAUUUUUGAUCUGGAAUAAUAAGUUUAAGGUGUUAGUAUCAUUCAAUCAUUUGUUGGUCACUAGACUAUUUUCAUUUUCUUUCAUAUGGUUUUAAAAGCUCUGACCAGCACACUUUUUUCUUAUUUUUUCAACAUAGUUGCCCUUUGCAAGAACAUAUAAAGAAGUAAAUACAAAAAAAAUACCUUUAUCUUAUUGAUAUUAUGCAUACUUGAAAAAGUGUUUCGUUGUAAAACCUAGUUCAGAAUCUGAGCUAACUUACAAGUGACCUCUGUAAUAAAUGGUAUUGAUAAUUAGAGAAUGUAUUUCAGAAUACAGUAUAUUCUGAAGCAUGACCACUUUCUUUUCAAUUUAACAAUUGCAUUUGAGAGUCAUUGUAUUUGUUGCAUGUCACUGAAUAUUCAUUACUUUUAUAAUGAUUUUUAAAACAUAUCUCUUGAAUAUAUAGUGGCAGUAAUUGCUACUAAUUUGUUCAACUUGUUAGCGAUACUGUAUUUUUAUCCCAUAACCAAGAUACAGUGGAAUGCCCCAUACAGUAUAUUACUGUUAUAUGAUUAAUUUUUGAAGCAAUUUGAUAUUAAAAUGCUUUGAUAUUUGAAUUGACAUGGAACAGUUUGUUUUCCUGCUCCUCAGAAUUUUAUAACCUACUUUGCUAUUUUUUUAAACAGUUUAUAAGAAUGCAUUAUUUCUUGGGAAGUGAUUAUCCAUCAACAAAUAUCCUGAGACUGUUAUAUAUAAGAUACUUAAAUUGAAACCAGUGGUAUAAUGAGUAUUUUGAAAAAAGAAUUUUUCAAUUUUUUAUCAUAAACAUCUUGGAAUCAAGCUGAAGCCAUCAGUUUUUAUUACAAAAAGCUAAGGCUUUUGGUUAGAAUAUUUGGUGAUAGAAACUUGUUCAUAAAUUGUUACUGUUUAAGUAUUUGAAUUUCCUCAUUUUAAGCUUAAAUGGUUAAACUUUUGAUUUUCUGUGCCUUCACUUUAAAUUAUUUUUCAGUUUUUAGAUGUGUUUAAACAAUGGUGUGAUAAUUAUCCAGAAUGGAAAUAAAAGCCCCCUUU